AUGUCUGACUCGGAUGAUGGAAACCCGGCCCCAGGUGGCCCGGAGAGUCCCGAGGGCGAGGUGGGAGCCUGGGUCAGGGAAGCUGGAGCUGAGGAUGCUGUAAUCUUCGACUCGGGGCCCCAAGGGGGCGGGGAUGCCGCGGGAGUCUCAGGAGCUGUGGGAAGCCUGGGGGAGGAGCCUGAGGCAGUGGGAGCCCUGGAGGGCAGCAACAGUGAGGAAGAUUCCGACAUCGGGCCAGCUGAUGAGGGGGAGGAGAACAUGGAGCGGGGCCCGGACAUGGUGGUAGACGCUCACCAGUUCCCCAUGGUGGGCUUUCGCUUCAUGUUCCUGAACCUCCUGCAUGCCCUGCUGCACCGCCUGCACUACAACAACCACAUCCUCGUGCGUCCGCGCGGCGUCCGCAGGAUGGUCCGGCCCAGACAUCAGAGGCCCGGCCGUGUGGCCCAGAUCCGCGUGCUCUUGGUGCCCGAGGGCUCUGGAGAGAGGGUGGUAGCCAUGGUGCCCCACGGCUCCAGAGAAAGGGUCGUAGCCAUGGUGCCCCACGGUUCCAGAGAAAGGGUUGUAGCCAUGGUGCAUGAGCCCGAAGAGGGAACUGCAGGAUCUGGAGGGGGGGUACCGGCCCUCCCAGAGCCUGAGGGCCAGGCCACAGUCCAGGAGCAGUCUGCUGCUGGGGAGAUGGCAGAGGAGGCAGAGAUGGCGGAGAUGGCGGAGAUGGCGGAGGAGCCUUUGCAGGAGGCCGAAGCCCCUGAAGGUGAGGAGGGUGAGGAUCGGGCAGAGUGGGGACCAGGGCCGGGGGGCUCCAUGGCGGGCGGGCAGCCUCCCAGCAGGCUGCGGCUGGGUGCAGCUGGCGCCCUGGCCCGUCAAGCUCACUCGGGUGGGUCGGGCCCUCAACACGCUGCAGGCCGAUUGGGCCCACGGAGAAGCCCGACUCCAUACCGACCUUCCCCGCCUAGAAAAUAG